AGCUCUUAAUUUACAGAUCUUCCUAACCAGUCUUUAAAGUUUGGCCCUGGGUCAGGUCAGUCUGUGAGUUAAUUAACACUUUCUGACCCUGUCAUCCUUCAGUGAGAUAUUAUAUCACACUCCUAACGUCACAGGGGGCACUUAGUUUGACCCCAGUGGGGCCAAAGGGCAGGAAAGCAAGGCACACAGCCUCAGCAAAGGGAUUUUUUUACCCAGAAAACCCUGGAGUAUUGAAAUCAACAGAAGGCCUGAGACAUCCGCCCCUUCUUCAGAGCUCACCCUGCUGGUUCAUGAGUGAGUCCCGCUAGCCAGAGUCCCUUCUGCCCUCUCACAUGCAGCGGCCACAGCCUGCCAGCAGAACCCCUCUUAAACAGGACCACCAGCUCUGUGCCGUGUGCUCCCAUGCUGAGGUGCCCUCUCCCUUCCGGGCCCUUGUAUGUUCCAUGGGGGGGGCACUGGUUGGGAAUUAUAGAGUGGAUGCCCCCCCCCCCAUGCAUUCUCCAUGAGGGCUCUUCCUGCGGUUCCCAGGCAGGGCAGCCAUCGAGUCUAGACUGCACCACAACAGGUCUGAAGUGAAGCCACGGUGCCAGUAUUUCAGCCCAGGCCGAGAACACUUCACAAGUUGAUACAGGCAUAUUCCCUGCUCCUGUCUGGGGACGUUCAUGGCAUAGUCAGGACUGGCCCCAGGAAAACGCUGGCUCCUGAACAGAAGAGUUUUACCCUUAUUGUAAAGAGGCCCAUUGUGCCAGUGGAGCAGAGCUCUCCUCCUCCCAGGGACGCAUGGGAGCUCUUACCAGCCUGCACCCAGAUAACUGAGUAUCUGCAAGACAAGGAUUGACAACUUUGAUCCACAGUCUAUGGGAAGCCAGCACAGAGCCAAGGAUGGACCUGCUGGGCUCGCAGUGCGGGGAGAUGUCUUGUAGGGUUCUGGAGCAGGAGUUUCCUCAAGGGGUGGCUUCACACCCAGGCAGGUUGCGCUGCUGUAGUCCAGCUGGGAAGUGACACGGGCUUGUCUAACCGGGCCCAGUCGCUGGCCGCCAGGCUGGGACAGCGUCUCCUAGCCAGCCAGAGGGAGGAGAAGGCGUUGUGAGUGCUCUUAUGUGAGUUCAGCUCCAAAGAGGAAUCUGGGAGCCCCCUAAACUACAGACUGAACCAACCAAUUGUGGGCAUGAACUUUCCACUACCGGGGACUGUGCCAUGGCUGCAAACUCUUCCAAGUGCUUCCCUCUGCCUGCCAGCGGCACCUCCGUCUUGUGGGUUUCAGCUUCCGCCAGCAGUUCCUCAGCCCUGAGCCCAUCUCAUCUCCGUCUGGGGCCAGUGUUGUGGUCGUGCAUGAUGAUGGGUAAAUAACAGGGCUGUGUCUCACCUGCCUAGUGCUGUGACCAGCUCCCAUCCCACCCCCGGGGCCCCUCUGCAGCAUUCGACACCAUCGCUCGUGGGACACUGCUGAGGGGUCGGACUCAGGGUAAGGUACUAGAAUGGUUUGAGUCCUUCCUGAGGGGAAUCUGCACCUCCAUCGCUAGGCCCCUCGUCUGGGGAAUCCCACAGGGAUCAGUUCUCUUCCCACUCCUAUUAAUGUCCACCCGCAGCCAGUUGAACGGCCCAGACACGGAGCCAGGGUCAGUGAUAUGCAGGCGACAGCUCUAUUUACCCGUCCUCAUGCACAACCACAGCAUGUGCCCACUGCCUGGAUGGGCUCAGCUCCUGGCCAAGGAACCGCUGGUGGAAGCUGAAACCAGGUUCUCUUGGGCUGUAAUACAGCCUCAGCCAUGGGAGGCAGGUAUCACAGGCCAGGGAAGGCUGACUUUCCCCAACAGCCACGUGGCCCCACCCACACUCCACCCUCAGGUCCCUUCUGCUGCCUGGGCUGGGGGCUUGUGGCUGGCCCAGGUAGAUGGGACCGGUCCUCACACCACCCAGCACUCUGGGCUGGAGAUGGUCAGGUGGCCCAGGGCUGGGGAGGACUAGUCUCCCCGAGUUCACACACCACCCAUGGUUUCAGCAGAGGCGUGGAGGAAUUUGGUGAAGUCUUUGUGGUGAAUUCAGAGCCAUGGCUCAUUACCGGGGAGCUGGGAGAGCGCUGACCAUACCUUAGGGAGGGGAUGGUCAGGGCAGUGGCUGUGCUGCGACGUCCUCAACCCUGACAGCUGAACCGCAGAACAGAGCCCAGGUGUGACUGGCUGGUGGGUGGGAGCAGAGGCGACCUGCGAGAGUCCAAGGGAAAGGAGUGGGGAGACGGGGGCUUUUGCAUCUGCGAUCUUGUCACCGUGCAUGGUGGUAUGUCCCAGGACAGGCCUCGGCGAUUGUCUCUGAACCGCUAGUGGAAAGCCUUUGCUCUGUGGUGGUCUUAACGAGCAUAAAAUCUGUUUGCGUUGGCUCUGGUUUCUGAGCUUAGAUGACUUUGGUUUACCUGAGGUGCCUCUAUUGGAUCUGAUGAUGUUUGUACCUGCUGCCUUGACCUGCCUGGGUCUCCAAUGGGCCAAGCAGCCUGAAGGGGCGAGAUGGGCAUUGCAUCAUCCAGCCAGGGCUUGGAGGCAGGUCCCUGGAGCCCACCAAGGGACCCCCCUCAAACACACACAGCCAGCUUGGGCCCAGCCCCUGGGUUACAGCCGCCAGAAACUGCAGGGGAAGAAGCUCUUUAGUUAGGAAAAUUUCUGUCCUUCCUCUUUCCUCUUGAAACCAACAUAAAUUGCUGGAAGGGCCAGGCAGCCAGGCCACCCGAUUGUGGUAGGAAACUGUAGGACAGAGAGAAGCCCAUGAGGAACUUCAGAGCCAGCCAGGGGAAGGAGCAGGACCUGGGAUUCAAGGCUGACAGAUGCCAAAGCCCAUUGGUGGGUUUAAUCUGACCUCCUCAUGCACUUUCUGGGGGCUCAGUUCUCAGGGGCAGGACCCGCUGGCAUCACAGGCAGCUCAGCUCAGAGUGCACAGCCAACAAGCUGUCAGGGUGCAGAGAGAAGCGGGGGGAAUAACAGGCAAACAGGGCUAGGGGCAUUCGAUAAACUGAGGGGCCGCCCUGCCCUGGGGUCUGGUGUCCAGUUCUGGUCAGGCCAGCUUGGGGAAAGGACAGAGCAGAAGCCAAGGAGGUUCCCGAUGGGGCCAGAGGCCCCUGUCUGAGAAGAGAUGACAAUGCAAUCCAAGGACAAAGACACACACCACCGUCGUCCUGGGGAACUCCCUGCCCUAGGGUGCCACUGAAAGCAGGAGCUCUGCAGGAACAUGGCAAGAAGGAACAGCUGUGUCUAUAGGCACCAGGCCCCUCCCCUGCUACUCCCGAGGGGAUGAGGUGGGUUAGGAAGGACAGGCAGAUGGCGGGGGGGCAGGCGCAUGGGAGGUUCUAAAGAUUGGAGAGGAGGCUCAGCUCAAGGUUAGCUCACGAACGUUAAGAGUCCACCCUUUUGACCUGCAUCAGGAACAGGGUGGGGGCCGGGGUCAGCUCAGACCCAGCCAUCCCUGACCACUUUUGAGACCCUAACCGCAGGACAGGAAGGCGCUUCUCCCUUGAAGAGGUUGGUCCAUAACGGUCCAAUGGGGGGGGGGGGGUACCCUCUCACAUCUUCCUGCGAAGAGCUGGCCUGGCACCCCGGACACAGGAACCUGGGUGAGGGGGCCAGGUGAUCUGCUGCUGAGUGGCCUUUCCUAGAGGUGGAGGCCCCAAAGCCCCUGAUCCCCCCACAGCUCCGCAGGCCGGACGUACAUGGGGAAGGGAAGCCUGGUAUGCUGGAGGGUAAAACCAUUUGUUCUGAAUGCUGCACACAGCUGUGUUAUUGUAGGGUCCCCACUAGCACCAGGGCUGCCAGUCCUAAGCCCUAAAGCUACACCCCAGAAGUUAAAUGGACUUCCCACACCGAGUGCUCUGCACAGGGUCGCUGGGUGCAAGGGACCUGGGGGAGGCGUGGCCAGCCCUGGCCUUCCCCCACCGAGUGCUCUGCACAGGGCCACUGGGUUCAGGGGAGCUGGGGGAGGCGCUGCCAGCCCUGGGAUUCCCACACCAAGUGCUCUGCACGGGGUCGCUGGGUGAGGGGGAGGCACUGCCAACCCUGGGCUUCCCACACCAAGAGUUUUGCACAGGGUCGCUGGGUGCAGGGGACCUGGGGGAGGCGCGGCCAGCCCUGGGCUUCCCCCACCGAGUGCUCUGCACAGGGUCGCUGGGUGAGGGGGAGGCACUGCCAGCCCUGGGCUUCCCACACCAAGAGUUUUGCACAGGGUCGCUGGGUGCAGGGGACCUGGGGGAGGCGCGGCCAGCCCUGGGCUUCCCCCACCGAGUGCUCUGCACAGGGUCGCUGGGUGAGGGGGAGGCACUGCCAGCCCUGGGCUUCCCACACCGAGUGCUCUGCACAGGGCCGCUGGGUGCAGGGGACCUGGGGGAGGCGCGGCCAGCCCUGGGCUUCCCCCACCGAGUGCUCUGCACAGGGUCGCUGGGUGCAGGGGACCUGGGGGAGGCGCAGCCAGCCCUGGGCUUCCCCCACCGAGUGCUCUGCACAGGGUCGCUGGGUGAGGGGGAGGCACUGCCAGCCCUGGGCUUCCCACACCGAGUGCUCUGCACAGGGUCGCUGGGUGCAGGGGACCUGGGGGAGGCGCGGCCAGCCCUGGCCUUCCCCCACCGAGUGCUCUGCACAGGGCCGCUGGGCCCGGCGAGGGGGCGGAGGCGCUGCCAGCCCCGGCACAGGAUGAGCAGAAGAGUGAGGAACUGCAGCUCUAGGACGAUACUUCAUGUGCACCCAAGAGUGCGACUCUCCUGGGACCCGGCUCCAGCAGAGGGAGCUCGGAGCAUGUGGAGGGAGUCCCAGUCUGGGCCACACACCAGGUCCCACUUAGUGCUGGCCCCCUGCACUGGGGCAGAGGAGUGUAGGGGCCCGGCCAGCCCAUCCACCGAGAGCUGGAAGACGCUCCUCCCUCCCGCAAGCACAGCAGAUCUCAGCAGUGCCCCGAAGGGCAGGGUGCAGCUCCCCGUGGCAGGGCCUGGAGACCCCACGCAGCCGAGCCCAGUGCCCGCCUGUGCCAUUUCCCAUCCCUCCCAGUCACCAGGGAGGGAGAGACAUGAGGAGGCCAGGCUGCAUGGAGUCACGUAA